GAAAACACAGCUUACGGUCAAAAAAAACUUUGAAAACACAGCUGAGAAAACAAGUACUACAGUUUAAGCAGGAAAAACCUUGAAACAACAACUUUUCGUUAUAACUUUGCUUUGGUACAUUGGUUCCUUCUCUCAUCUCAGAUUCCAUUCCACCGAAUCUGGUCAAAAUCGAUCUCAAUUUUCCGCCAUGGAAGGUAACAAAGACGAAGCAUUAAGAUCCAUUCGAAUCGCAGAAGAAGCAAUUGCUUCAGGUAACAAAGAUCGCGCUCUCAAAUUCAUCAAAAUUGCUCAACGCUUAAACCGCGAUUUACAGCUUGAUUCCCUUUUCACUAAAUGUGAACGACUCGAUUCUCAGUCCACGGCUUCUUCCUCCGGCGCUGGCACCUUGCCGGUGAAGGAUAAGUCGGGGAGAAUCAAAGAGGAUGGUUUGAAUGUAGAGAAGAAUUACACGGAAGAGAAUGUUAAAUUGAUUCGGGAAAUUAAAGGGAAAAGUGAUUAUUAUUCGAUUUUAGGGUUAGAGAAGAGUUGUUCUGUUGAAGAGAUUAGGAAGGCUUAUAGGAAAUUGUCUUUGAAGGUUCAUCCUGAUAAGAAUAAAGCGCCGGGUUCAGAAGAUGCGUUUAAGAAAGUUUCUAAGGCUUUUAAGUGUUUGAGUGAUAAUGGUUCUAGAAGGGAUUAUGAUCAAGGUGGGUUGGUUGAUGAAGUUGAUUCGAAUUAUAAUCAGCCUAAUAAUAAUUUUAGGCGAAGGAGGAGAAGGGGUACCACGGUUCAUGAUAUUUUCGAAGAUGAAUUUGAUCCUGAUGAGAUAUUUAGAGCUUUUUUUGGACAAUCGGAUGCGUAUGGGCGGAGAAAUCAUGCUUAUAGGACUCGGGGCGGUGGUGGUGGGAUGGCUAGUCAUCAUCAGAGGCAUGAGGUUCAGGGUGGAGGACAUUAUCUUAUGUUGUUGAUUCAGCUUCUUCCAUUGUUGAUCAUUGUGUUGCUUGCUUACUUGCCCUUUACGGAUCCUGAAUAUUCCUUGCAGAAGAAUCAGUCUUACCAGAUUCUAAAGGUUACUGAGGAUUAUGGGGUUCAGUUUUUCGUGAAAUCUCAGGCAUUUGAUGCUAAUUAUCCGGUUGGAAGUUCGGCUCGUGAGGCCAUUGAGGAUAAUGUUAUAAAGGAUUAUAAGAAUAUGCUUCGUCGUUAUUGUCAAAUGGAGCUUCAGCGCCGCACUUGGAAUAGGAAUUUGCCUGUUCCUCACUGUGAAAAGUUGAAUAACUUUGGUGUUGUAGCAUGAAGCUAAAGAGACUUCAAGGAUAUUGUUUUCUUUGCUUGAGGAGUUCUUGUAUCAGUUGCUCAGCUUUUAUGCUCAUCUUAAUUCCUCGGGAUGUAUAAUAUACUUUAGGAGUAACCCUUGUCACACGCGGAAUGCUACAUUAGUUUCUGCCCGUCAAAUGCCUUGCAUUGCUGACCUUGCUGUGAUGUUUUUUUUUGAUAAAUAUGCAUAAAAAAUGUUUCUUAUUAUUGAGGGGGAUAUUUGGGUGGGAUUAUCUGUUAUUGCUAUAAAGGAUUAUCAACGGUGGAGAAGAUGGCAGCAAAUAAUUGAACGAGUCAUGAGUAUCCGUAGUAGGUUCUUGCAAGCUCAUGAAUUGGGCUUAUAACAAGCUUGUGGGUAACAACUUAAAUACAGUUGAAGUAUGCUUAUUACACGAUUGAAAACAAGAGCUAUUGCAGCAUUCAAAUGAAUGAAUAUUCUUUCUUGUGAGGAA